UUGUGGUUCCGGAGGAUCCAGCUACAGGAGAACCGGGAACGGAGAGCUUCCCCCGCCCUCUUUUUUUCCGCCCGACUCUUUGCUCUUAAGAAUACUGGUUUUUAA